AUGCAAAAAUCAGAACCGUUAGUGCAUGUAAUGUAUACUGAAUUGCACAAUCUCUUAUGUACUUUAGUUGGCAGAAUUUGUAAAACUGAAUACAUUCCAAAGUCAUUUUUUAAUAUUAAGGUUGAUGAUCUAUUGACAGUUGAAAAAAUGAUAGCGGUUAAAGAUAUUGUUGUCAAUAACUUAAUACAAGAAGAAUUUAAAGAGAAAAAAAUGGUCGGUAAAGAUAUAUUGUUCUUUUUGAAGAAUGUACAACAGCACUAUAUUGCUGCAUUUAAGCAUGUACUUGAAACAUCACCCAUACAAAACUCUUUUUUGAAGCAUUUACAAUGUUUGGGACCCUUGGAGCGUCUUAAAAGUCGUUCUUGUAACAGCAUAUUAAAACUGAGUAACGAUUUGCCAUUUGAUGUUGAUGAUGACAUUUUACUUGAUGAAUGGAAGUUGUUGCAACUAGAUAAAGAUGAGAAAGAAAGUGAUCUUAAUAGAAUUGAUAUUUAUUGGAAACAAUUCUUUGAAAAAAAAAAUAGUACAAACAAUUUGAAGUAUCCUAAUGUAACUAAAAUAGUGAAGUCAUGUCUUUCCUUGGUACACGGUAGUGCAGACGUUGAAAGAAACUUCUCAAUAUCUGGGAAAAUGUUAACGGAUGAACGUGCUUGUAUGAAUGAAAGAACUCUUAAUGCAUUGUUGGUUACAAAAGAUAGUUUAAAGCAUUAUCAAAAUAAACCAGAAUUGGUGUUGAUGACUAAAAAACUUAUAACCAUGGCAAAAGGAGCACAUAAACAUUACCAAAAUUAUUUAGAAGAGCAGAAACUAAUAAAACAUCAAAAAAAUGAAAAUAAAAAAAUAGAGGUACAGAUUAUGAAACAGUUAGAAGAAACUCAAAAUAAAGUUAAAGAAAACCAACAAGAAAUACAAGAAAAAGAAAAAUUACUGAAAAUUGCAAGAGAAAAAGAAACCCAGAAACGAGGCGUUGCUAAUAAACUAUUUGAAGAAGCCAAUAAACGACUAAAAAAGGCCAUUCUUGAGAAUAAUAUCCAAGAAGCUGAGUUAGCUCAUGCUAUGCUAGAAGGGGUGAAUACAGUAAAAAAAGAAGAACAACAAAAGAAAAAAACAGCUGAUGCCCUUCAAAUACAAUUGGAAAAAAAGAAGGCAUCUUUGAUACAACAUUUGUCAGGUGCAAAAUAA